CAAACUAUACUCUGUUUUUGGCUAAAUACAAAGAGAGAGAGAGAGAGAGAGAGAGAGAGAGAGAAUGAGGCCUCGGAUCGUGCUAUUCGGAGAUUCGAUAACAGAACAGUCGUUUAGAUCAGGUGGAUGGGGUGCUGCUCUUGCUGACACAUACACUCGCAAAGCUGAUAUAGUAAAUCGUGGUUAUGGUGGAUACAAUACCAGAUGGGCUUUGUUCUUGCUGCAUCAUCUUUUCCCUCUAGACUCUACAAAACCUCCUGCUGCUGCAACAGUUUUCUUUGGGGCUAAUGAUGCAGCUAUCCUGGGGAGAACCAGUGAACGACAAUAUGUUCCUCUUGAAGAGUACAAGGAGAAUCUUAGAAAAAUUGUUUUUCAUUUGAAGGAAUGCUGCCCUACCAUGCUAGUUGUGCUUAUUCCUCCACCACCAGUUGAUGAGGCUGGCCGAAAAGAAUAUGCACAAUCUGUAUAUGGAGAGAAAGCAGUCGAACUACCAGAAAGGACAAAUGAAGUGACAAGACUUUAUGCAGAGCAGUGCAUUGAACUGGCUAAGGAAAUGGGUCUUCGCUCUGUUGAUCUUUGGUCAAAAAUGCAGGAAACAGAGGGGUGGCAGAGGAAAUUCCUAAGUGAUGGGUUGCAUCUGACAUCAGAGGGCAAUGCAGUGGUACACCAAGAAGUUGUAAGAGUGUUUAACGAAGCAUGGCUUUCAGCAGCAGAAAUGCCAUAUGAUUUCCCCCACCACUCAGAAAUUGAUGGGAAGAACCCCGAGAAAGCUUUCCAGCAUCAAUGCUUAUGAUUGUAUAAUUUAUGACAACUUUAUGUGUAUAAUUUCAUUUUAAUCUUUGGUCAUAAUAUUGGUUUUUUUGCUUUAUUGAAAAAGAAAAGAAAGAGAAAAGGGGGGGGGGGGGGGUUUGGAAUGUGUUUCUUGAUUUGACUCCCCAGAAAACAAAUACUAGUAAAUAAGAAAUUCCAUAACCUUCUGCUAAAUAGCCAUCAUGUAUGGAUGGCUGACUCUGUAUUUGACCUUGUUCAUUUGGCUCAGUGACCAAGUUUCUUUGGAAAUUGAAACUUAUGGCUCUCUUAUGUAAA